AUGAGUCGAUCAGAGCAAGAGUGCCCAGAUUCAAUCGACUGCUACACAGUUGGAUGGAUUUGCGCACUGGAAGAAGAAUAUGAAUGUGCAUGUCGUAUGCUCGACGAGGAGUUCAGUGGUCCGGAAAUCGAUGACCAAGAUGACAACACAUAUGUCUACGGUCGCAUCGCGAACCAUCACGUAGUUAUUGGCUGCCUUCCAGCUGGUCGCUAUGGCACUAAUUCGGCUGCGCGUGUUGCUCGAGAUAUGGUACGGAGCUUUCCCCGGCUGCGAUUCGCAUUAAUGGUUGGUAUUGGAGGCGGUGCACCAACUGAGGAUAAUAACAUCAGACUUGGGGAUGUUGUCGUGAGCCAGCCACGGAAUGGAUUUGGAGGUGUAAUUCAGUACGAUUUGGGAAAGAGGUUACAGAACGGUCGAUUCCAAAAGACCGGUCAACUGAAUGCUCCACCUGAAAAGUUGUUGGGAGUGAUUCCUGAAAUUCGGAGACUCUAUAAUGACAAAAGAAAGCCAGACCGAAUCGCCGAGCAUCUUCAGCGCAUGGACGACAUGGAAGAUUACCAGCGUCCGAUGCUUGACCAAUUAUACAGAACAGAGUAUCAACAUGUGGGUGGAAAGAACUGUGCCCAAUGUGCCCCUAACUUGAUAGUUGAACGCCCAGAACGCCGUGUCCACCGAACUGUAGCCGUCCAUUAUGGAACAAUUGCCUCUGGGAAUACUGUGAUGAAGGAUGCGACUUUAAGAGAUGCAUAUGCGAAAGAUCCAGAGUUAAAUAUCAUAUGCUUUGAGAUGGAAGCCGCGGGAUUAAUGAACAAUCUUCCUUGCCUUGUCAUUCGUGGGAUUUGUGAUUACUGCGACACUCAUAAGAACGACGAGUGGCAUAAAUAUGCAGCUCUGACUGCUGCUGCAUAUGCUAGGGAGUUACUGCUUGUCUUAAAGUCACAACGGGUUCAGGCCAUGCCCCCUUGGGCCGAAAGAGUAGUGGGUGAACUGCGACAAGUUCAACAAGAUAUGAUCACUAUCAUCGACAGCCAGAGCACGGUCCAGAGCAGAGUUGAUACAAUAGACUGGAAAAUCGACUGGGCAAACUUACCAGCUGUAGAAGGGGCAGGGUUCGACUCAUACAUGGAUCAACAUGAACAUGAAUGUCUCCCAGGCACCAGAACCGAACUCCUUCACCAAAUUACAGAGUGGGCGACAUCGCCGCAGGGAAAGUGUGUAUUCUGGUUAAAUGGCAUGGCAGGGACAGGAAAAUCGACAAUCUCUCGAACAGUGGCAAAAUGCUUCACACAGUCACAUCUCCUUGGGGCAAGUUUUUUCUUCAAAAGUGGUGAAGGGGAUCGAGGGAAUGCAAAGAAAUUUUUCCCAACAAUUAUCCGGCAAUUAGUGGCCAAAAUACCUCCAUUAAUUUCUGGUGUUAGGAAAGUAAUCGAUGACGAUCCUGGCAUAAUAACAAAAUCACUUAGAGAACAAUUUGAGAAACUUCUUCUCCAACCAUUACAAGGCCUCAAACAAUCUGAUCACCAAGCUUCGACUAUAGUGAUAGUGGUUGAUGCAUUGGAUGAGUGUGAACGAAGCGAUGAUAUACGAGUCAUUCUUCAACUUCUACCCCGAGUGCGCAUAUUAUCGUCCGUCUAUCUCCGAUUCUUUUUGACAAGCCGACCCGAACUGCCACUCAGGCUAGGUUUUAGGGACAUUGCGGAUAACCACCAGGAUCUAGUCCUUCAUGAAGUUCCUAAACUGGUGAUAGAACACGACAUAUCUUUAUUCCUCGAGCAUAGGCUUGCACAAAUUAGGAAGGAGCGAUUACUACCUUCAGACUGGCCUGGAAGUACCAAUAUAAAGACUUUAGCUAUGAUGUCAGUUCCACUAUUCAUCUUUGCGGCCACUAUCUGCCGAAUACUCGAAGAUCCUCAAUGGGACGCUGUGGAAUCUCUUACUGAGAUCUUAACACAUCAAAGCAAUGAGUCUAAUCUUGACAGAACAUAUCUUCCUGUCUUAAAUCGAUUUCUCAUCAAACAAAACGAGACUAAACAUAAGCGACUUGUUGAUGAGUUUCGAGAGGUGGUCGGUGUUAUUAUUCUCCUAGAGAACCCGCUCUCGGUCACAUCCCUUUCAAAACUGCUUGGCGUCUCUACAAGAUUUAUUAACAUUCGACUGGGCUCGCUACAUUCAGUUCUUAGAAUGGCAGAAGAUGGGACUCAGCCAGUGAGGCUAUUACAUCUAUCAUUCCGAGAUUUCUUGCUUGAUCCAACAACUCGCAAAAAGACUCCGUUCUGGGUAGACGAGAAACUGGUGCAUCAUAGAAUUACCAUGCGAUGUUUGAAGAUUAUGGAUUACGGAUUGAAAAAGAAUAUCUGUAAUUUACCAACUGAUGGUACGCCACGCGUGGAAAUUGAUGCAUAUUCUGUCAGUCAGUAUCUGCCACCAGAAUUGCAAUAUUCGUGCCGCUAUUGGGCUCAGCAUCUAGUACGAAGCAAGGACCCAGUAACUGAAUUGGAUAAUGCUUUUCUAUUUCUUGAAAAACACUUCCUUCACUGGGUGGAAGCAAUGAGUCUUUUGGACAUCAUAUCUGAAGUUGUGGGAACAAUAGAUAUUUUAUACUCAGUCAUAAAAGAUAAAAGUUCCAAAAUACCCCAAUUUCUGCAAGAUGCAAGGCGAUUUCUCCUUAAAAAUAUACAAAUAAUGGAUAUUGCGCCUCUUCAAUCAUACUCUUCAGGACUUAUUUUUGCCCCAAGAAAUUCGAUAGUCAGAAAGAUGUUCAUUGAGGAACUGCCUAGUUGGAUUUGCAGGUUACCAGAUGUUGAGGAAUAUUGGAGCGCACUUCAACAAACUCUUGAGGGCCACUUGGGCCCAGUUAAGUCAGUGGCAUUCUCACCAGACGGUCGGCUGCUGGCAUCGGGCUCCAGUGACAAAACAAUCAAGCUCUGGGAUCCUGCCACAGGAUCUUUGCAGCAUACUCUUAAGGGCCAUUUAGAUGCGGUUUUAUCAGUGGUAUUCUCACCAGAUAACCGGCUACUAGCAUCAGGCUCUGACGACAAAACAAUUAAGCUCUGGGAUACUGCUACUGGAGCUCUGAAACAUACUCUUGAGGGCCACUCAGAUCUAGUUUGGUUGGUACAAUUCUCAUCGGAUGGCCAGCUGCUAUUAUCAAGCUCAGGUGAUCAGAUAACCAAGCUCUGGGAUCCUGCCACAGGAGCUCUGCAACAGACUCUCGACCACUUAGAUAUGGACGAUGAGGCCGAUAAUGCCGUUGAGGCCGUAAUGUUGUCACCAGAUGACCGGCUGCUACUAAAAGCUCGGCGAAAGACCCUUGAGAGCAUCGACGCGGACUGGCCGUUGGCAUUCUCACCAGGUGGCCCGCAGCUAGCAUCAGGAUCCGACGACAAAACAAUCAAGCUCUGGGAUACUGCCACAAAAAUUCUGCAAAAGACUCUUGAGAGCGCCGACAAGGUUUGGUCCCUGGAAUUCUCACCAGAUGGCCGGCUGCUAGCAUCAGGCUCCAACGACAGUACAAUUAAUCUCUGGGAUACUGCCACAGAAGCUCUACAACAGACUUUGGAAGGCUGUUUUGAUGCGGUCCAGCUACUUAUAUUUUCACCAGAUCAUCGGUUACUGGCGUCAGGCUCACUUAACUCGACAAUAAAGCUUUGGGAUACAGUUACAGGAACUCUGCAACAUACUUUUGAGGGCUUCGAUUGGUACGGACCGGUGGCAUUCUCACCAGAUGGCCAGCUACUUGCAUUGGGUUCCGACGAUCGAACAGUCAAGCUCUGGGAUACUGCCACAGGAGCUCUGCUGAAACAGACCCUGCCGGUUGAGCCAAUAGUUACCAGCCUGAAAUUUUCUGAAGACAGUCCAUAUCUCAACACCGACUUGGGGUUCCUCGAUAUUCAGUCUUGGUAUAGUGAUUAUACCUCUUAUUGGUCCAGGACCAACGGUGAGGAGGCAUUUAUUCGAGAAAAUCCGUGGGUAACUAUUCAGGGUAAAAAUGUACUUUGGCUUCCUUUCGAGUAUCGACCCACCUUUUCAACAGUUAAAAAGGAUGGGACACUCAUUCUUGGACAUGUAUCUGGGCGGGUUUCUUUCAUAGGUUUUUGUACCUAA